AUGCUACAAAAUGAAUAUAUUGAAAGGGCAAUCUUUAGAAACAAGGAUUAUCUGAAUCCUAAGGUCAACAAUCAAAUCUAGAUCAAGGAAGAAAAGCAUACACUCUAAGAAGAUGCACUUGAUAUGUCAAGCAAGGAAGAAUUCAUGAAGCAGCUUAACUUAGUUGACAUAUCAUUGUCAAGUCCAACUAAUAUGCUGCAGACAAUACCUAUAAACAUUGGACUUAAUCAUAUAUCUGAUCGAAGGUCUAGUGGAGAUCAGCACCCUCCUUUUAGAUAAUAAAAUGAAGAAAUGGAGGAAUCUGAUUAUCUAAUGCUAGAAAAAAUUCAAGGAAAUGUCACCAAUUUCUUAGGGGAUCUGAUAAGAGAAUAAGAAUAAUUUGACUUUAGAAAACCUCAUAUAGCACAAAAUAUAGCUUUAGGGAUAAGCGAAGAGAUCAAACAGUUUAGCAAUCAGCUUUUAGAAAUGAAAAUGAAUCAGCAAAGACAUGAUCUUCCAAAUGGCCAAAAAGCUAUUAACGAUAUGAAUCAAUUUCAAGAGAUUAUCAAUUAAAAGAACAAAAGAUCAGAUGCACACAAGGAUAAAAAUGACUAUAAAGAGUAAAUACUAAAUGAAAAGUUAGAGUGGGUUAGAUUAACUAGAAAGAUAGAGUAUCUCUCAGAUAUAGAUUCACUUACUAUGAACAUAGAGACCAUUCUAAAUUUACCCUUAGAACUAAAACUAUAAGAUCUUAAUGGUCAAGAUUGUACUAGAGAUCCAAAUAAUGAGACCAAUAUUAAGGCAAAAAAACAGAAUCUGGUUUCAGAGAUUGAAAAAUCCGAUGCUAAUAAUCUUUACGAAGGAUAGUAGAUUAAUUCAAAGGAUCAAAUAACACAUAAUCAAGUAAUGCCAGUAAUUAUUCCUACUUAAUCUGUUACUGGAAAUCAUACGCAACCCUCUCAAAACACAGAUCCUUCUCAUUAAUCCUUAAAUUUUGUAGAUCCAACUGAAGUUGUUGAUAUAAAUUUUUAUAGGGAUUUGGCUCCAUCUCAUAGAAAUUUAGCCAAACCAAUUGAUGAUAAAUUACCUUACAUAAUCCAAAGAAUGAAUGCUCUGAGUAAAUGGGAAAUUAGGGACUAGGAGUUAUUAGAAAUGCUUUAUGGGACUGAAUCUUCUUCACUUGGAGAAUCUUCUUCCUCAAUGGAAGAUGAGGCGAAAUAAAGGCAGUCAGACAUAAAAAGAAGAAGCUUCAGAAUGAUUGAUGAUUUUCUAUUUGAUAAAAACAAAAUGAUAGAAGCUGCAUAGAAUCAUAUAGAAGAAAAUUAAGACCUGUAAUCAAGCAGUGUAUUUCACAUUUCUAAUCCCACUCCUGGUUUCAGACUUAGCAGAAAUUUUAUUAAUAGUCCUGUAGAUGAUUCAAGUAAAAAGAGGAGGUAAACUGAUCAUAAUGAAUAAGUAAAAAAUAGAAAAUUCACAAAUAAAAUAGAAGAUAGCUCAUCUACAGAAAGAAGACUCAGCAAAUUUUUUAAAAAUAGAGAGUCUUAUGGUGAUGUGCAGACUUUAAUUGCAUCAUCAUAAAAUGAAGAAAACAUGUUCAAUAUGUAGCCAGAGACGAAUUCUCAUUCAAUAGAGGAUAUCAUCAAUUUAAAUAUCAAAGCAGAUAAGAAAUCUUAAGUUUCAAAAGAUAUGAUCACAAGCAAAUAUACAACCAAUUCAAAGUCAGAAGAUAUUAAUUUACUCAUUACUGAAUGCGAGACCAUUGUUUAAGAGAGAUUGAAGUAGAUUGAAGAUUUAUUAGGAGCAGUCAAAGAAAUAAAUGCAAUUAUUUUGUAGAUUGAGCCAUUAGAAAUCCCAGAGACUGAAAAGAAGAAAAAGAAGAAACCCCUUACCUAGUCACAAUAACAGACAUUAAAGAACAACAAAAGAAUGAAAUUAUAGAUAAUUCAAAAAAUUGAGAAGCAUUUAGAGGAUCUAAUAUCUAUUCUAGAUUAAAAAGCAUAGGAAGCUUAGUAAUCUAUAUCAGAUUUUACUGACCAGAGUGUUUAGAUUCUCAGUACUUAAACUAUAAUAAGAGCUUCGCAAUUGGCAGAGUAAUAGGAUAUUGAUGAGUAAAUUAAAGCAAAAUUUAUUGCAAGGUUAAGAUUCCCAGGUUUAAGCUCUUAGUAAGAAAACAAGAAAGGCUCACUUGAGAGAUAGCUUAAUUAGAACAAGAAUUCUAUCUAUGGCAGAAUAUCUCCUUAAAAAACAAAGAAUACCACAUAGAAUUAAAUAAAUCAAUAGAAAUUAAAAAAUUUGAAUAAGAGCCCAAUGGACCUUUUUGAGAUAUAAGAAGUCUCAAUUAAUGAUGCUCAUCAAAGCAAAUAAUUUGCAUAAUUUGAAAAUUCAGCUGGCAAUAUCAAUCUUAAAGGAAGUGGAAAUUAUAGCAAGCAACUAAAGAACUCAAAUAAAUCAAAUAAGACUGGCAGAAAGAAUUAAGAUAGGAGCAAGUAGGGUGAAGAAGAUAUAUAUCCAAGAAAGGCACCUUUGAAGCACUAUGUUUAUGAUUAUGCUUCUCAAAAAUAAGGAAUGGUGAGAGCUAAAUAAAUCAAUAAAAAGAAUUCAAAAAUAAGCAAAGUUUAGGAUGAAUAGCCAUUCGAUCAUAAUUGGAUUGGCUAAGAUGCUCAAGAUUUCUAUGAUUGA